CCUUUGACACCGCACUUUACUAUUCAGUACCAAUGAAAGGAACUCUCCACAAAGCUUUCACUUAGGAACGCCUAGUACCGGUCGAAUAGAUGUUUGUGUGUCCUGAGCCAGGCCAUUAUUGGGCGGACGGACAUAGCAUGCGCAUGGGUAAUGGAUGAACAGCAUCAAAGAUUCGUUUCAGCAGCGAUACACGGUAUAUAAGGAAGCUUUGAAAUGACCAUGUUAUUGAAGAUAAACAGAAUAAAAUCAUUGCCUGCAAUUUGCCACAAAGACGAGACAAAAACAAAGCAUUUCUAUUUCUAAUCUGUAACUCAGGCCGCUUUUUUUUAUAAACGUUUCCUAUGAGAAUACAAAUUCUACAUCCACUUUAGAAAGUAUAGGAGGUGGCGAAAGCAGUAAUUACCCAGUGGUUGUCUGUACAUGAGAAAAAUCCGGUAUGUCCAACAUGCAGAAUGAUAAUGUAAUGGGAAAUACAACAUGAUGACUGACGUAUCAUUGUUUUGCACGAUAACGCCACUGCAAACCCUCUAUAGAGUUCUUCUAUUUUGAUCUAAGAGACCGGAUUUCUACGUUCAUUACGAAAAUUUUUUAACUAAGUUUUAGAACAGAUUUUCUUAUGUAAACUGGAUAUAAAUGGUGCGAACCAGGGCACGUCAACGUUGUCAAGUAUGGGGCGGCUGUGCAUCUGUCGGGUGCUUGCAAGAACGUGUCCUUUCCUUCGAACCGAGACCAUCUCUUUUCUACGCAAUCCGUAAAUGAAGAUCAAAGCAUUUUUUUUUGUUAUCUCAGAGUGUAAUUCGUUCUAUACAUUAACUGCCGGGAGCGAAGUUGAAAGGUGGCACUCAUGUAACUACGCAGACUUCAAUCGUACAGAUCAGGUUUAAUCUAAAACUCGGAGCUUCUAUAUGUAUCAUGGCUAACUCAGCUCUGAAAAUGGUACAUGCUUCGUCUGCCAAGGCAGUCCCCAUCGAGGCAGAUAGAAAACCUAGCGAGGAUGCUUCAAGUGUGAGCGCCAGCGAUUCAACGGAACCUUUAUCUUUGCCCAACAGAAUCUUGGAAGAACCGAAAACUCCAGCAAACGAGACAGAUCUCGGUAUCUGGUGGGAUAGUGACAGUGAUUCUGAGCCCAGCUUCGGACAGGCCGUGUCGGAGGUGUUGUCGCGUUUUUGCUGGGUUUUCUGCUGUCCUCCAUGCCCUCCUUGCAUUACACGAAAGAUAGCUUUCCAUCCACCUAGGCCAGCGACGUAUAAAGUGAAUAUAUGUGGUAGGGGCAUUGCCGAGAUGGAAAUCGUGGACGAAGCACUUAAAAUUUCGUCGCCCUUUCAAAUGAAAGGAGAAGUUGUUCUACUCUAUGAAAAACCCAAACUAUGUAAAACUCGUUUGAAGCGAAUAGUCGCUAUGCAAUGGCUGCAUCCGGCUCUACCCUCGAAAACCAAUAUGCUUAUUUUACAUAGCCACGUGAAUGCGGCUGAUCUUGGGUCUCUACAUUUGGCCAUGGAGAUACUGGCUCGACGAACUGGGUGUGACGUCGUCGCAUAUGAUUAUGCCGGUUACGGUGGGAGCGACGGUACGCCAGGUGAAAAUAUCAUCUUGCAAAAUGCCGACACGGUAAUGCGUUACGUCAUCGAGGUACUGCAGCGUCCAACGACGAAGGUGAUUGUUUACGGCCAAAGCAUAGGUUCCGUGCCUACCUGGUACCUCGCUAGCAAAUACGAAGUAGCAGGCGUGAUCCAACUUUCGGGUCUCCAUUCAGGAUGGCGAACGUUAUGCCGUAACAGGAAAUCGUCAGCCCCGUUCGGAUGUUGUUGUUUGAACCCCUUCAAUAAUGCAGCUUGGAUCAAGAAUAUACGUGCUCCUGUUCUGCUCAUUCACGGAACGGAGGAUGAAGUGAUUCAGUUCUCACAGGCAUUGGAAAUGCGUAGGUUGUGCGGACGUCUAGCCGUUGAACCUCUAUGGGCAGAAGGUCUAGGUCAUAUGGGUAUUGAGAGAACCCGGGUUUUCUAUCAAAGGAUUUCGAGGUUCAUUAAUGAGGAGGUUCGGCACUUCAAAAACACCUCACCGACGGCAUCGAUGCUGUCGUCUGAUUCAUCAUUCUCAUUACUUAGCCUUCACCAGCCAUCCCAGCAGCAGCAGCAGCAGACGAUGCAAAAAGCCGACACGAACCCAGCGCCGAUUCCGUCACUGUUUCUUCGGCAGUCGGCUCUUCCUACAGCAACUACAUCUGCUGAUAGGACUGCAGCGGCAGUCAUUAGGACCUCUGCAAAACUAAAAGAUCACGCAGGAAAAACGUCACCUUGAUAGAUACGAUCUUUGUGUUGUAAGUAAAUCUAUGCGAAAACGACGAGGCUGUGGCUGUUAGACGUGUACAGCAAACAUUAAGGAAGUCGCAGUCAGAUCAAGGAACUUCUCACUCGUUCCGGAAGGGGAGCAAACUUACUUCGGUGGCAUCGAGGCGAUAGGGCGGGAGAAAAAUUGCGAUCAUUCUGAAUAACUUGACUACUCUUGUCUUGGUAUUAUAAUCAUUUAUUGCAACAUAAUUGAUUGUAGCCGUAGCAUUGAUCAGCUGUAGAUAUCACCCCAACCUUUGAUUUUCAUUAGCCUUCAAGGACGUUUGUGCGAGACUACAGUUUCAGUUACCACAACUUUUGGGCUACUCUAUUAAUAAAACGGCAGAUUAGUCUUUUAAUACCUCAUUUAUGUUCCAUUUUCCAACCCACAAGCUUUGUUACGAAAAAUGAUAGCCACACAAUGUACGAAGCGUUUCUAUCAAGGAAGUUUUACAGUAAAAGCUGCAAGGAUUCGGGUGUUCUUGAAUUGCGUAGACGAGUGAAUGGCCUAAUUCAGCCAGAGAAACGCAGCCUAAACUUACGUAGUUAAAAUUGACAAGAUAGUUCUACUGAUCAGUGCGCACUGCCAAUGUAUUGGCUGAGGAAGGGUUUAAUUGAAACAAAGACCAUCGGCUAAUAUUGCAAAUCAGAUCUUUUUAGUCAACACGUGUGUUGCUAAAUGUGGAGUCGCUCCGAUAUUUACCAAAUGUACAUAUUUUCAAGGGCGCUGAUACUUACCAGCA